GGCUUGUUGAAGGUGCUGGCGGAUAAGAAAGUCCUCUUCUUCUAUCCGCUUUUCUGGGUUGUUCGAACGUCCCCGGACGACUUCAUGCGUAUUUAAUUGAGAAUUAAAACGCACAGGCAGGCAAGGUCUGUUAGGGGGCCGGCGGGAUCAUUUCUGCUUCCGGUGCCAAAGGGCACGUGGAAUGUAAACACGGGACCACGGAGUGGCUUUCAGAAUGGCUUCCUUUGGGUGGAAGAGGAAGAUUGGUGAGAAGGUAUCCAAGGCCACAUCGCAGCAGUUUGAAGCUGAAGCUGCCGAUGAGAAGGAUGCGGCUGAGAACGAGGAUGGGAGCUGGGUUCAUGCCAGCAAACGGAGGAAGGAAACCCUCCAGGAAGGCUGCAAACUGAAGAGCAAGCAGCUGAAGGACGAAGGCGCUAAUCUGGCUGAAAAGAAAAGGUACCAGGAGGCAAUCCAGAAGUGGGACGAAGCACUGCAGCUGACCCCAGAUGAUGCCACCCUUUAUGAGAUGAAAUCACAGGUCCUGAUGUCCCUUCAUGAAAUGUUUCCAGCAGUACAUGCAGCCGAAAUGGCUGUCAAGCGUAACCCACACUCAUGGGAGUCUUGGCAGACUUUAGGUCGUGCUCAGCUUGGAUUAGGAGAGAUAGUCCUGGCAAUUCGAAGUUUUCAAGUAGCCCUCCACAUAUAUCCAAUGAACCCAGAAAUAUGGAAGGAGGACCUUUCUUGGGCAAGAAAGCUCCAGGAACAGCAGAAAGUAGCUCGGAGGAUUGAAAAAAAAGAAAUUCCACCCGAAGGAACAGACAUCUCCCCAGAGUCAAUCCCUGACUAUGACUUUGAAAGCGACGAGAUCGUUGCUGUUUGUGCAGCUGUUGCAGAGAAACAGAAGUUGGUGUCUGCAAAUAAAACCAUGGUUAUCGUGUCGGCUUCUGGAACUGUGGAGAUAGUCAACGAGAAGGAAGAGGGCGCCUCCACCCCAGAUGGCGCUGUCUUUAUCAAAGCCCGAUGAAGCAUACGCGGUGAAAAGAUGUUUGAAUCUAGGUUUUUUUUUUUUUUGUUUGGUUUUGGUUGCUACUUAAUGCUUAGAUGACAUUCGAUAUCCACCUUGGAGGAGGAGGGCAAAACUUGAGUUUUUCAGAUGAAGCAUAUAAAAAUCAAGUAGUGGAAUUCUUUAGUGAUUGGAUGAGAGAAAAUUAUACUUAAGGUUCGCAUCUUAAGUGAAAUGUGUUUUGACUGUUGAGCAUUUGAUUGGACUGUUGGGAGAGGACAUUUGAAGAUACAAUUUGGAAAUUGUGUUCUUGAAUAGAGAUUCACUUGACAGGCGGUGUUAUUACAAUGUAGACUUGCAGACUUUUGUUCUAUGAUAAAGGAAGCGUGUGAUUUCUCUCCCUCCUAGAAAUCUGCCAUUUGUCUUUUUCCAUUUUCCUUGCUGCACUAGUGCAAGCUUAAAUAUUUCUGACAUUCAUCUUGAUUCAAAGUUAUCGUUUGGUUGUAUUUGAUAUAUUUGGAAGUUUGCCUAAAAAUGCAUGCAGAUGUGUGUAUCCUGAACAUUUCCUUGAAUUUUUGUUCUAAUUGUGCUUAUGUUUUGACUUUAAAGUUAAAAGGAGGUAACUGUUUUCUUCAGUACUUGCUAACUGUGAAUACUGAUGUCAGAGUGACCUUUCAUUUCAUUGUCAAGGUCAAGUCAUCUUUGUCACAAGUCAUUCAUUUGUAAAGGUGAAUGGCAUUUGGAGAUUGUCAGUAAAUUCUACAAUUACAUUAUCUUGGUCAAAACAGAGUUUCUUUCCUUUUUUCCUUUUACAGGGGAGGAUGUAGCUAGGCCCCCAGCAUGCUAGACUAGUACCUCUGUUGCUGAGCAAAAUCCUCCUAUUUCUUUUCUGAUUUUUACAAGUAUGCAGAGCCCAACAAACAAAUAGUAAGACAGGUUUUCCUUUUUAACUCAGGCUAGCCUCAAGGCUCUUCCUGCCUUGGCAUCCGGGACUACUGGGAAUACAGGCGGGGGCUGCCACAGCUGAUGAGUACUUCUCGCUUGUAACUUUGCAGUGGACAGUUUAUAAAUGUCUUUCCAAAGAUGCUUUUGUGGAAGUAGUCAAUGAAAUGAGAAAAUAGUUACACAGUUUCACACCGGUGUAAAAUAGCAGACUUUAAAGGAAAAAGGCACUGGUAUUAUUAGGGUGUCGGUCUAUGACUGACAAGCAGGGAACUGGAAUGUGAUUGGUAGUGUAAUUCCACGUGUGCAGCAGGUGUGGCAAGGAAGCAGAUGCCUCUCAUCCCGGCCCUGUCGAAGGCAAGGCAGAGGACGCGUGAACUCACGGCCAGCCGGGGAGACACGUGGUAAGACCUUGCCUCAGAACAAAACAAAAACAGUGGAAAAUAAAGCAACCAAAGAAAAAAGCUUAUUAAAAAUCCUCGUUCACAGUUACAAACCAAUACUAUUAUUCCCGUGGGUGACUGUUUCUAUUAUGUAUAUUGUAGUACAAACAAAACGUACACAACUGUCAGGUGCUGUUCUUCCUGAUAUAAUUGAUGUAUUUUUUCCCAUUAGAGAUGAAAGUUAUUUCUGUUGUGUUGUGAAAUCUUAACAAAACCAGCUGGAACAUGUAAUUAUGGGCAGCAUUUUUGUGAGGAUGAUAUGUUUUAGAAGGUAUUUUAGGGGAAUGUUCAUUUUUUUUUUCUUUCCGGUUGGAGAAAUCAGCCGUUACUUUAAAUAGUGUUAUGUCCCCCUAAAUUCUAUCAUCCGGAAAUAAGCCAUGGAUGGAGAGAGAGGUCAGUUUUAAAUAGUGUUAUAUCCCCCUAAAGUCUAUCAUCCAGAAAUAAGCCCUGGAUGGAGAGAGAGGUCAGCUUUAGAAUGAGUGAAAAAAGGCACUUUGUUAAAUAGCAAGGGAUAUUCUCAGAGGACAGAUGGCUAGAGAGGUGAGUACGUCACAGUUGCUACAUUACAUAUGGAUAUCUGUUUAUUGUGUAACUUGUGAAAGAAUAGCCUUUUCCAUGUGUCUUGGACAUUUUCCUCUUCGAUUUUGAGAAUUAGGUAGAUUUUAUUUUUCUGUGUGUAAAAGUAUACAUGAAACAUCUGUAUGGUUCCCCACGUGCACUGCUUAGUCAGUGCUAGCCAUUUCUGGGAAGAACUUGUCUUAGUUUGGGAAUACUUCCUCUCACUUCCUUCUGAUUUUAGGAAAGAUUUUUUUCAUAACCUUUUAUCUGAAUGAAGUCACGGCUUGUGAUACUGAAAGGCAGCUGUCAGUUACAGAUUGCUCUUGGCAUGGAGUCUGUGCCUCAACCUCAAAAUAGGCAAGACUACUGUACGUGGCCUGCGUGCUGCUUCCAGACCGCUAAGCCUGUUGUCUCAACUGUUUUGGUGUUAGUGGGUCAUGCUAGUCUCUUUAUUACUCAGAUCUAAGAUGCAAAAUAGACAAGAUGAGGAGGAAAAGGAAGACUUAGUUAUGGAGAAAGGCUCACUUUUCCAGACCACCAAAGGUACUUUAGCUAACACUUCCAUGUAGGAAGAGAAAACUGCAUUGGUUAUUUUGCUGGGAUGUGAGGAAUUGUAUGUAGAAGUUCACUGAGCUUGUUAAUUAGAAUAAUGUGUUCUUAUGAACCUGGAGGAAAAUGACACUCAUGAUAAUGAUAUAAUUAUGUUUAAUUAUCUUAAGCAACAGUAUUAGUGUUAAAAUUAUAUCGAAUAUGAUUUGUAUGGUUCUAGUUUCAAAAUUGUACGGUAUAGAUACUUGUUAAGAGAAUGAGAAUAGAGACCAUACCUGAAAACUUGAGACUCCUGUUAAUCUCUAGAAUGCAGGCGCCUGGGUGAUAAAGUGUUGUAUUUUAAAUUAAGUUAUGCGGGAGGCAUUUCAGAACUCCUAUCUACUACAGCUGGGGCCCAUGGACAACAAAGGAUGGUGACGGCGUAAGCACGCAAGUAUUCUAGAUUGCUCUUGUUGUUUGGCUAAAACUGAUGAGUUAGAGGGAUUGUCUUAGAAAACCGAUACUUCCACAAUUGUUAGCAGGACCACGCGGCCCCGUCGGUUUGCAGAUUAUGCUUCACGCAGCGACUCACGGGCUGGCUCCCCUUUUUUGCAGUAAGGGAAUUAUUAAUCAGCUCUUUAAUUCCCUUCUGUGGGAAACCCUUCAAAACCCGCUUGGUGAUAGACACUCUAGGCUGUGGUUUCACGACAUAGCCUGCGUCUGGAUGAGUUAGGAGUGAACACAAGAACCACCAUCAUCAUCAUUGUCUUCAGUGUGUGUGUUAGAAUGUGAUUUUCUAAGAUGACUUCAACCCAACAAAGGAGUCGCUGAUUGGUGCCACGUUAGCAUACAGAAACUCUUUUCAACCAGUAAGAAAGCAUGACGGUUUGUGAAUGGCCUCUCGACCCAUGGAAGUUAAAAUGAAAUGAAGGAGAUAUAUAUGAAGUCACGGACCUUAGCCACAUGCAGUUGAGUUGGGCCACUACGAAUGCAAGAGCCACAGUGACCCUGCAGCGAGUGCACAGUGCCUCCGUGAGUGUUAGGUGUGAGCUGCCUGUGUUGUACUUGGAGAGCCGUGGACAGCUGAUAAAAUGGGCAGUUUCUUGGGAAAUCCUGAUCCCCUCCCACCUUCCAAGGAGAGGAAGGAGCGUGGGAAACAGGGCUGGACACGCUGGUCCCUUUCUCCCUUUUCUCUGCGUUGGUCAAGCCUCCUUUCAGCUACAUUGUGAAUCUUGCAGGAAAGGGGAAGCCUUUGCUUCAGAGCUGCCCAUAGCUCAGCGAGGCCUCUCUAGGUCUGGGUUCAGUAUUACUCGGUCAUUAUAUGCUGUCAUUUGGUGUCAUCUCUGUGUCCCCGACUUGUCUCUUGGGUCGUUAGGCCACGAGGGAGCACAGAUUGUUUAGGACUCCCUUAAGCCCUAACAAAGAUUUGAAUUUAUUUCAAAUUAAGUAUGAAAUUUAGCAGAAGCAAAAUGUCAAAGUCCUAAUCUUUUUUUAAGUUGUGGAGAUUUUAUUGAAAAUGAAUAAUGUGUGUUACAAGGCACCAGGAAAUUUUGCUUAUACUAUUUUAAAGUCUGCUGCCUGGGAAUAGUAGUAAACCACAAGGCUGAAGGAAGGAACGCGGGUGAGGUUUUCUUACACGAUGAUCAUUCAGACAGAGGAAAAGGCAGCCGCUGUAAGUUUGCAGUUUGAAAAGUUCUCGACUAACGUGUGAAUAUCUGCUUAUCUCUGCCCGCCACUGUGCCCACCCAAAAGGUCUCUACAAAUCGGAAGUGUCUAGUUCACCUCUUCUCCCCCCCCCCCCCGUACCCUGCUCUAUUCAGUGACCUAUCUGCUUUCUGUGACUAUAAAUUAGAUUUUUCUUUUUUUGUGAAAUUAUAAAUGAAUAGAUCACACAGUAUGUACUCUCAUGUCUGGCAUAUUUUGAUUAGAACAGUGCAUUUUGUUCUUCCAUGCUCAGAUUGAUCCCUGAUUUUUACACGUGAGCAACACUUUCUGUUCUGUUCUGUUCCUCUAGUAUCCUCUUGUAGGAAUACACCACAGUGUGUUUAACUGCUGGUGAAGAUGAACUCUUAGGUUGUUUCAAGUUUUGCUUUAUGAAUAAAGCUGCUUUGUACAAGCGACCCAUUCCGUUUAUGGACAUAUGCAUUACUUUCUUUUGGGUAAAUGCAUAGGAUACAGGCCGAUUCUUGCUGUGUGUGGAGCGUAUUAUAUGAAGCCUUUAAGGAUCUCCCAAACUGUUUCCCUAAAUUUCCCUUAUUUUGUAUUUUCUAGCAGUUGCUGAAGAAGUGUUUUCCCACUCAUUUGUCAAUCUUGGUAUUUGUCCAUUUUUAUCAGUCUCUCCAGGGAUAAAAGACCUCACAGAGAAACCUGAAGAAGGAAGGCAUUGUUUUGGCUCAUGAUUUGAAGAUACAGUCCAUCAUGGAGUGGAAGGCGGGGUGGCAGCAGCACCAGGUAGCUAGCUGGUCAUGUGGCAUCUGCAGUCAGCAAGCAGAAAGAGCCAAUGCGGAUGCCCAGCUUGCUUCUCCUUUCUGUGCAGUCCAGGAUCCAGCCUGUGGGAUGGUUCAUCCACAUUCAGGGUGGGUGUUUCUUCUGGUAACAUCUCCUAGAUAUACCCGAAAGCCUGUGUCCUAGAUGAUUCCACAUAGCAAUAAGCUGACGAGCUUAGCUGUCUGAUCUGGGUCAUUCUUUCACAUAAUGAUAGUGAUCAUUCUGUUUCUCUUUUGGUCCCAGAAAACUCUAGAGAGACACUCUGUGAGUCAACUGUAUUUUCUUUCUCUGGGAAAUAAUUUAUAUAGUAAAGCCAUUUAGGAGUAAAGACCUGACUCUUUUUCAUUUAAAAUUUAAAGUUUGAAGUUAGCAUACAGGAUGAUGGGUUUCAUUAUGGCGUUUUCAUAUAUGGAUGCCACUAUGCUUUGUUCUUAGUCUUCGCUCCUCCUCGCUGCCUCCUUUGCUUCUCCCUUCCCUCCCCCACACCGUCCCCUUUUCUUUUUUCUUGUCACAUAGAGUCCAUUUUCCCCACUUCCCUUAAGGUAUCUUCCUUCUCAUAGUCCCUAGUUACAUAUUCCACACCUUGUACAGACAGACAGACACCCCAACUCUCUCUCGCUCAUCUGCAUAUGAAAUAAAAGUAUUUGUCUUUCUGAA